UUGAGAGGAGUCGGUCUGUUCCUCCGUCCAGUCAGACGGUCCGCCUGGCAGCAGAAAACCACCUCCGCCAGUCUCAAGGCUUCCAGCUGUGUCUCAGCCGGGCGGCCGCGCCUCACCUCCCGCAGGAGAGUUCAGAGGGGGAACAAGAUGUAAACUACCAGCUGCGAGUGACACUGUUUGAUAGAAAACACCAGCACUUCUUUGGGAAAACAUGGAAGAGUUCAACACAGAAAAUGAAAAACAACAAGAUUUCUUUUAAUGAGGUCCUGUACUUCCACACUUCUUUGCUGUUGCCAAACACGCUGCUGGUACUGGAGCUGGUGUCCUUGUUGCCCAAACCUGACAGCUCCCAUCAGGCUGUGGGGAGAGGCUUCAGUGUCCUGGAGCUUUUUACCAACAGACCAGAGGGUCCACCCACUUGUGGAGACAGAAGGCUGAAUUUACACCAUGGAUCCCCAAGAGGUCUUCUCCAUCCGCUGCUGAAGCACACUGAUGACUACAGCAGUCUGAUGAAGAUUAUUGAUGGAGCCUAUUUGGACUGUGUGGUUAAAAACCAUCCUUCAUUGCUCCCUGUGAUCCAUCUCCUGCCUGAGAAUGUCCUCGUGUCUGGAGAUGACAACAUUCCUGGCCUCACAGCUUCUCCAACAGGAGAUGUUCUGCUGAAACCUCAGCCACUCAAGACGACGCCCUUCACCCUGAGUAGACUGGCCAUUUCCCUGCAGCCGUCCCUGGAAGAGUUUGAGAGCCAGCUGCUGCAGCUCAUCAAUGCUGACUGCCAUAACACGCCAGGACCAGACGACACGCAGAAAACAGUCGUCGUCCAGGAAAGGAGGCUUCAUGUCGGUGUCCACAACGGCUGGUGUUUUCUCGACAAGCCCCAAGUGGUGGUACUAGAGCCCCUCGCUUCAGGGGUCAGGCGACGAGCAGACAGCACCUCGAGAAAGAGCCUGCUGGCCAAGGACAGCUCAGCAACAUCCUCCUUCCCUCAGAUGUUGGGUCUUCGCAGCAGUCUGGAUCUCACGCUGGCCAGUCAUCAGGCUUUGGCAAUCGUCUUUCAGUUGGAGUACGCCUUCUCCGCUCCAGCAGGUCGAGAGACUCUGCUGUCUGCUGCCUCCUCAGCCCGAGCCGCCUUCUUGCAGUGCCUUCGUUGGGGGAUUUGGUGCCCCUUCCAAGAGCCAUCUGACUGGAAAGGCGAAGAGAUACAGCUUGUUCUGCAAGGAGGUGCAAAGCCAAACCCUCAUGGAGUCAUGGUCUACAGCACAGGAGUGUCUGCCAAACCGCAGAGCUCUGCACCGGUCUUGGCUCCAGAUGCAGCUCAGGAGGCCUCUAAAGCGAAAGAUAUGAUAACAUUUUGGCUGUCGUCCAGCUCGGAAAGGAAGGCACCCAGCCCAAAGGCAACUCUAAGAACUAAGCAUGAGGAUAUGCCACGUCGGAGAAGAUCACCUUCAUCACCUUCACAGGGUCAAAAACACACUCCGCAGACCUCUCCACCAGCGUCUCCUCGAGGCCCCGGGCUCUCACUGUCUCAGCUGGCAGCUACUUCACGCUACCCGACCAUCAGCCACUCCAGCUCGGCGUUGCCGUGGCAACACUCAUUUCCUUCUCUGCUCCAUCCUUCCCCGUUGGCAUCAGCCCACCAGCUGUCACAUGUCGCUUGCUCAGCUGUCAGCAACAUCGCCCACCUGGAGAUGGACCUCCAGCGGGAAGGUGAUGAGCAAACAUCAAUGCAGGAUGAAGGAGACCAGCUCCAGGAGCUGCCCUUCACCCCUGUCCACGCACCUGUCAUAACUCUAGGGAUGAAUGCGCCCAGCUCCUGCUCAGUCAGCUCCAGGAGCUCGCUGGCUCACCUUUUCUCAGCUGGCUUCCCUGAAAUCGUGGACUGCAGCGGCCAGGUGGCGGAAGUCCUGGACCCCACGGAACCUCUGCCCUUUGAUCCUCAGCGGGAAGAUAGUGACCUUUUACAGGGAAACCUACUGGUGUUCCAGUUCCUGGCGUUUACCAGAGUACCUGCUGUGGGGGCUGGUGCGGACUGGCCACACAACAUUUACCUCACCUUCCAGUUCUAUCGCUUCCCACCGACCACAUCGCAGCAGCUGCAGCUGCUGACCAGGGACAAGGGGAAGACCAAACCAAGUGAGGCGCUCCCCUGUGUCCUAGCCACCAUCAGCAACGGCGGCGCUCUUAACACCGGUUCUCCCGGUCUGCAGGUCCAGUUCAGAGUAGACGACAGUUUCCUGAAACCAGGAGAGAAGCGCUGGUUCCUCCGUUAUCUGGCUCUCCACACUAUGCACAUCGACAUCUGGGACAGUGAAUCAUUGCUCCUCAUCGGCUCUACUGCCGUUGAGCUCAAGUACAUGCUGCGUCAGGGUAAAUCUGCAGUGCAGGCCCUUCAUGAACUGGAGGUUCUGACCACUGAUUAUGUCGGAGAGGACACCUUACUGACAUGCGCAGAUGUGGGUCAACACGAGGCCUCCAGCCCUGUGACGGUUCGCACCAUCGUCAGAGGCCGGAUCCACGUGCGGACGGGGAACAUAGGAUGUGCAGUGGAUCCCACCAGGAAGAGAGCAGUAGACAAGAUGACGUCUCAUUCUCACAUCAUCAUACCUCGAGAAGUCACCAGUGGCUUCAGAGGAGGAAGCUUGUCACCCAGAAAUAUCCUCCACCUCAAUGCGAGGAAUACUGCACAUGCAGACAGACUGGGGAUGGAUUCAGGUCCAACGUCAUCGUUAAGAAGCAGGGUCACAGCUGAAACCAUCACACCCAGAGACCGCAACCCAAAUCAACUGGACAGUGGGCGCAGGAAGCUGGACUGCAUGGCUGCCGUCCAUCAACGCGAGGCAAGGGAAGAUGCCAAAGCAGCAAAAGUUGUGGUUCACACCAAAGAUGCCAAGUUCCCUAGAGAAGUUCAUCCAGUAAAACCCGAGGGAGAGCACAGCAAGGCAGAGAGAAUCGCCAACAUGCUGGGCCAAGCCAUCACCACCCAGCACCUCCUCUAUGCCAGCCUGGGUUCUGCUGAAUACAUGGAGUUUGUCCUUAAAAAUCCCUUCAAUGUGCCUCAGACCGUCACCAUUCAGAGUGAUGACCCGGAGCUCAGUGUCAUCACCACCACUGAGGAGUGGCGUUACUUCAAAGCACUAACCAAGACUCCCACUCCACUGGAGGAGAACAUGUUCCACGUGGAGGAAGACGCCCCGGGUCCCAGGAUUUACCUUCGGCCCAAAGAGAGCAUCCACAUACCUUUGAAAUACCAAAGCUUCCUCUGCGACCACACCAUGACCCCCCAGGGACCAAGCUUCCUUCCCACAGGCCAAAGUUCUCGGGUGGCCAAGAAGAAUCUGUCCAAUAUUAUUCCUGCCAAAACUAUCAAGGUUACAUUCAAAGCAGAAGAUGGCAAGCCCAUGGCCAUCUGCCAGGUGACUGUGGAGCCGACGCCCCACGUCGUGGACCAGACCUUCCGACUUUAUCACCCUCAGCUUUGUUUCCUCAAGAAGGCCAUACGCCUGCCGCCGUGGCACGACCCCAAAGCUGAAGACCCAGACGCCAGGUCUCAUAUUUCCGUGCGCUGCAGUGAUCCUAACAUCAUCUGCCAGACGAGGAUGCUGGUGCCAGGGGAGCCUCAGGAUGUGUACUUGAAAGUGCCUGGGAGUCCCAGUCCACACAUAAAAACGUUUUUUGUCAUGGUUUUCACCGAUAAAUGGAUGGCAGCGCCCUCGCAGAUCUGGCAUGUUCACGUGCAUUUCCUGGAACGGCUGGACGUCAGCUGUGUGACCGGCCAGCGAUGCUGCCAGUCGCUGGUUCUGAAGGGGAAGCAGGCUGUUCGGAAGGUCAGAUGUUUCUCAUCACACCCCAAGGAGAUCGAGGUGGACCCAGCCGGUGUGUUUGUUUUGCCUCCUGCAGCCGUGCAUGAGCUCCAGCUGAAGGUGCAGCCGUGGCACGCCGGCAGCCGCUUCCUCUAUGUGAACGCAGUAGACGUGGAGCAGCGGCGGCUGGUCACUGCCUGGCUGCUCUGUCUCAACGUCCACCGGCCCGUGCUUUCCAAGGCCUUUGAAUUGAGUGUCCCCGUUGGAGGCGGGCGUGGAAGCUCCAGAAAAAUCACUUACACCAACCCGUACACCAGCAGCCGUACGUUCCUGCUCCGCUCCGACCAUCCGGACCUGCUCCAGUUCAAGGAGGAUAAAUUCCAGAUUGGUGGGGGAGAGAGUUACACGAUCGGAUUACGUUUCGCCGCCAGCCAGAGUCCCGGCUCAGCAGAGAUCCUGGUUUACGUGAACAACCUGGAAGAGAAAACGGAGGAGACGUUCUGUGUGAAAGUCAACUAUUCGUGAGGACAAGCAUCUCAGUAGAAAUUUAAACACAUGUAAAUAAACAGCAGUUGUAUUUAGGAGUUAUGAAAUUGUAUUAGCUCAGUAUUU